ACUUAUCUGCUUUUUUCAAUUACCACAGAGACAAUCACAUUAGUAAUACUAAUACUACAUGCUCUGUUCUGUUUUGUUCUUCAUCAUCAUCAUAUAAGAGAAUUUAGAUCUCUCUGUUACCAACGGAGAAACUCGCCUCUUCUUCUACUGCCCCCUCUCUCGCUCGCCAUGCGAGAUUCAGAUCAUUAAAGAAACUUGAAACAAGCUCACAGAACCAUUUUUGGUAUCUAGAUUUUUGAAGCAUAAAGGCUUCUCCUUUCCCUCCCCCCACCUAUUUUCCAGAGUGAGUGAUUUUGUAAGCAGAGAUUGAUAGAAGAAGAUAAAAAAAGUCUCGUCUUUCUUCAUCUCAAAGGAACAGUGAAGCCCUUCUCAAAAUACCCAUCUACCUUUUCUUCUUCUUCUUACUUCUGAUCCAUCGAUUUGAUCGCAAAAGCCACAAACUUGCCUCUCCUUUGGUCUCCGCAAGUGUUCUGAUUUGUCUCAAUCUUCCUUCUGAGCUUCUGACAUUCUUUACUGAAGCAAACUCUGUAGAUUCUUCGUCAUAUCCGAUCUAUCUCUCCGCUUUAGCUUGAUUCAAAGCUCACUACUUUGGACUCAAAAGUGAUUCAUAUGCUCUGUAGCUGAAAAGAUGCAUCCUGAUCAACGCAAAAAGUCAUCAGUGGAACUAGACUUCUUCACGGAGUACGGCGAAGGCACCAGGUACAGAAUCGAGGAAGUCAUCGGCAAAGGAAGCUACGGCCUCGUCUGCUCAGCUUACGACACGCACACGGGGGAGAAAGUCGCAAUCAAGAAGAUCAACGACAUCUUCGAGCACGUCUCCGACGCCACGCGCAUCGUCCGCGAGAUCAAACUCCUCAGGUUCUUGCAGCAUCCGGACAUCGUUGAGAUCAAACACAUCUUGCUCCCGCCUUCGAGGAGAGAGUUCAAAGACAUUUACGUCGUUUUCGAGCUCAUGGAGUCUGAUCUUCACCAGGUUAUCAAGGCGAAUGAUGACUUGACUCCUGAGCAUUACCAGUUUUUUCUAUAUCAGCUUCUCCGUGGUCUCAAGUAUAUACACACAGCUAAUGUCUUUCAUAGGGAUCUGAAACCGAAAAACAUAUUGGCGAAUGCUGAUUGUAAACUCAAGAUUUGUGAUUUUGGACUUGCGAGAGUGGCAUUCAAUGAUACACCAACUGCUAUAUUCUGGACUGACUAUGUAGCUACUAGAUGGUACAGGGCUCCAGAACUGUGUGGAUCAUUUUUCUCAAAGUAUACACCAGCAAUAGAUAUAUGGAGCAUAGGGUGCAUCUUUGCAGAGCUCUUAACAGGGAAACCUCUUUUCCCUGGGAAAAAUGUGGUCCAUCAACUGGAUCUGAUGACUGAUACGUUGGGAACUCCAUCAGCUGAAGCCAUUGGAAGGGUGAGGAAUGAGAAAGCUCGAAGAUACUUGAGCAGCAUGAGGAAGAAGAAGCCUAUUCCGUUUUCACAUAAGUUCCCACAUGCUGAUCCUCUCGCUCUUCGUCUUCUAGAGAAGAUGUUGUCUUUUGAACCCAAGGACAGGCCUACAUCUGAAGAGGCACUUGCGGAUCCGUACUUCAAGAAUUUAGCUAAGGUUGAAAGAGAGCCCUCUUGUCAGCCCGUCACAAAGUUGGAAUUCGAGUUUGAGAGGCGGAGGAUCACAAAAGAGGACGUGAGAGAGCUCAUAUAUAGAGAGUCUCUUGAGUACCACCCAAAAAUGCUUAAAGAAUACCUGGAUGGAUCAGAGCCAACGAACUUUAUGUACCCGAGUGCGGUGGAACAUUUCAAGAAACAGUUCGCUUACCUCGAGGAACACUACAAGAAUGGUACUUCUCAUAACCCUCCUGAGAGGCAGCAGCACGCAUCUUUACCUAGGGCUUGCGUUUUGUACUCUGAUAACAACCAUGCGGCUGCACAACAGACUUCAGUGGAAGUCACUGAUGGACUAUCCAAGUGUAGCAUCAGAGAUACAGAGCGACCGCGUGGUGCAGACAGGAGAGUUCCUAUUAACGUCCCUCAGACAAUCCAAGCAGGUGCUGCAGUAGCUAGGCCUGGAAAAGUAGUUGGUUCAGUGUUACGCUAUAACAACUGCGGCGCAGCCACAGGAGUAGAAGCUAUUGAACAGCAACAGCGUAGGAUGGUUAGAAACCCAGCUGGUGCGGCUCAGUAUCCGAAGAGAACUCCUCAACCUUGCAAAAGCAACAGAGGAGAUGAAGACUCCGAAGGUUCAAGCAGGUUAAAACAAAACCCUCAGUACAUACCACAGAAAGUGGGUGGAGCGCAAGAUACUGCAACGAGUCGCUGGUACUAAGAUGAUGUUUCGGGGCUAGCAGAAGCUUUACUACAUAACGUCUUAGGGAGAGACAUGGCUUAAGAAGGGUGAGAAGCAAGACCCUGUCAUGUUAUUUGUCUCUAUAAAAUUGUUUUAUUUUCUUAAACGAGCUCUCCUUCGAUGUUGUAUCACUCACUACAUUCCCUUCAAAUAAUUAAUGUAAGAUGAACACCAUGCUUAGUAACCAAAUUUCAUAUUAAUACAAAGAUCGGAAAAGAUUCAUUGUA